GUGAGUGAGAGAGAAGAGGGGAAUGGUAGACGAGCGAGAGAGUUUUCCUCCUCAUCAGUCGGCGUCUUAUAAGCUGCACCAGCGUCGCAUCCUUCCCACCGCGCCUGGUGCUUGCUCUCUCCCUUCCCUGCUCCGACUACGAGACAGCGAGAGAGCGAGAACGAGAGAGAACGAGACUAACCCCACUUUUUUCCACUUGACGAUCCAUCCAUUCCAUCGCCAUCUCAGAUGAGCUCUUAUUCUGGAUUAUCUCUCCUCUUCUUCAACAGUAACGUUGCUCGCACCGUCGCUACUGGCGAGCGAUGCAGGGGGGGUUCACUCUUCCACUAGCUUGCUAACCUGAUCCACAUGCAUCACCAAAUCCUCCUUCCAGUGUUGAGUCGUGAUCGUUGUCGUUGUCGUUGUCGUCGUCGUAGUAGGGGUGGAGGAAGAGCGAGUGAGUGAGCAAGAGAGAGAGAACCACGGGGAAAGGCCAGAGGGUGGUGUUGGUCUAGUAAGCGUCAUUGCCAUCUUGAUGAUGAAGUUGGGUGCGCGAUGCGGUUGAGCGAUAGCUUGUUGCUAGCUGGAUGUUGUGUAUAGCGGGUUCGGAUGCGUUGGUUUGUGGAAUGUUGGUUUCUAUGAGUUCUUUGCGGGUGUCAUUGCGGAAGUCCAGCUUGGGUUCGCCAGGGAGCAGCUGGUAAGGAUCGAGCCGAGGGCUGUUGAAUUCCGAGUGUGGGAUGUGAGCUGACGGAGAGGCGAGACGUAAAUGUCUUGGGCGCGUCAGUGGUGUGGGGUGUGCGGGUGAGAGUGAUGCUGUGUCGGAUCACCGAGGGGUGGGCUUCUUGGGAGCAUUUUUGAGGGUUGAAUUUUGUCGCGGUGCUGGAUAGAGGUAGUUCUGGAACUGGUUGCAAGGGGGUGAGGAUUCUUUUACCCGCAGUUGGUUUCAGACCUUGGAGACAGACAGAAGACUGCCAAGCUUACAAGGAGUCUUCAUUUGGCUUGAAUCGAAUAGUUCUGUGAAUAGCGCAGAUGCGAGCAGGACGUUACGUUUCGUUGGUUGUACCGGUACUGUGAAGUUUGUCGGAGAGGCGCACAGCUUUGUGUUUCUUGAGAACUACCAGAGUUUCUUGGGAGCUGAUGCAUGCUUUUUUUUUUUUUUUUUUUUUUUUUCCCUUCUAUUUUAGCAUUAUCGUUGACUGUUGCACACUUGGAGUUCUGAGCGGGUACAGCCAGGUCAUUGCAGUGCUUAAUACGGAAAAGACAUAAGUAUACCGGCGUCUGGCAUCGCUGAAAGAGUAGACUUUACUGGAACGCGUUGGUGAGCCAACCUUGGUUCCCACUCGUUUGCAUAGACGACGGCUAUUCACAACUUAUCAAUCUGGUCUAGUUCUAAUUCGAGUUCAGUACCAGUAUGGCGCUGCCGCUGUAUCGAUAUUGAAAGCCAGCCCUUGCUGCAACAAGUGGCUCGAUUCAUGCUUGGAAACGCGUCACUCAAACCUCGUCUAUUUUUGGGCCACCCCUGAAUCGCUCAUCCUUCCUUUACAGUUUCAAAGCUACUCUACCUGCAGCUAGAUUUCGCAGUUAGAUGUACUGGUUGCACUAAUCUCGACCUGCAUUGGCGAGUGUGAUUUGUUUCAUUCAUUCGGAGGUGCUCCAUAGUGUUUUGAGAAUCUCCCUACCUUCGUUUUUGGUCCGCUCAAGGAAACGAAGUUUUGGAUACUUUUCGGUUAACUCUAUCGAAGAUGCACUCAGAUUGCCUGAUUUUCAUAUGAGAUUUGGAUCGAAUCUCCACGGAAUUUGAUCCCACGACUUGAAGCUAGAGCCUAGAGACACAAUUCUCUUUCAUUGAAAACACUUCAAAGUUUUCGGCAGCAAUUGCAGUCUUCAAAUCUCUCCGAUGCCAAUGUUUUGAGAGGAGUUGGUUUGUGGAUUGGCGGAUAGUUUGGGAACCGUGAGGCUACUUUCCAUUCUGUUUACGUGAACUGUAACAAUUAAUCACAUCCCCAGAAUGGACGUCAGGCAGGGAUUGCCGACAAUGAACCACCUGCUCCAGCAUACUCUCCGCAGGAUAUGCACCGAGUCGCAAUGGGUUUAUGCAGUCUUUUGGCGCAUCUUGCCGCGCAAUUACCCCCCCCCUCAAUGGGAAACUGACGGCGGCAUGGACAGAUCCAAGGGCAACAAACGCAACUGGAUUUUGGUGUGGGAGGACGGCUUUUGCAGCUUCUCAGCAUGUGCUGCUGACGCAGCGAAGCAUACUAGGCGAGGACUCCCUUUCAUUCAAGCUACCCAGCCACAGCAACGAGGUAGCGAUGAUGAAUGUGAAGCGAUGAGCCCUGAGCUUUUCUUCAAAAUGUCUCAUGAGGUCUACAACUACGGAGAAGGGUUGAACAUCAGUCGAAUAAGUUUUUGGAUGUUGGUUUUUCUUAGCUUGAUGGGGAAGGUCGCCGCUGACAGCAGCCACAAGUGGAUUUACCGGGAACCGGUAGAGCACGAGGUCAAUUUCCUCGCUCCAUGGCACAGCACCCUUGAACCCCAUCCACGCACAUGGGAAGCGCAGUUCAAGUCUGGAAUCCAGACCAUUGCAGUUGUGGCAGUUCAGGAAGGUGUUCUUCAGCUGGGUUCUACGAAGAAGAUAAUGGAGGACUUGAACUUUGUGCUCCACCUGCAAAGGAAGUUCAACUAUCUGCAAUCCAUCCCUGGUGUGUUUGUUCCCCAUCCAAUGUCGUGUGCCGGCAAGAAGCGAUCUACCAGCGAUGGAUCCCCACCCUCUGAUCGUUACAACUGGAUGACAACCCCUGAAGUCGACAGACCCACGUCGAUUUCCCACUUGACUGCUCGGUCGAUCGACCAGUUCUUGUCGCCACGGAUUGGUCCACAGCUCUGGCGCUCCUCCAGUGACACCACCGUUCUAGGAGUGAAGCGCCCCCCAGAAUCGGAGCCACUCUCACUGAGCUUCAAGGACUGCUCGUAUAUGAAUGGCAGCGAUAGCUUUCACCACCGGCCUGAAUGUCCGUAUCCGCCCAAAUCCUUGAACACUGGGCACACAAGUCCACAAGGUGGGGUGAGUCCAACCAUCCCGAACCUGCUCCCAUCUAUGUCAAGUUUGCAAGCUCUACUGUCCAAGCUCCCGAGCGUGACGCCAACAGAAGGAGAGGGUACCAUCACCGGCGCCGCCCCAACCACCAGUGGCUUCGAGACGGGAAACACCUUCGUGAGUAAUAGUCGUCCUCCUGUCAGUCGGCCUGCUGUGACAAAACCUGUGGUUGCUGAUUCCAGGUCCAAUUCUUCCAAAGUGAGUCCUUCUAUCGAGAUCGGCAAUGGUCACCUGGAGCAAGUGGUCCUGACCAAGGUUGAGACAGAGCCACUGCAGGGCAAGAUCGGUGCUGUUGCGAGCUCUUCUCCAAGCUCAGGGAAUUCCGACGUGGCUUCCGCUGAGCACGCAUCCGACGACACCGAGGGACAUCAAACCUCUGGCACGUCGAAGUUCAAGGAUAGCCACAAGUUCAGCAGCUCCUUUCUCGACACAUUCGAGAACCUCGCUGACUUCGGAACUCAUCUGGACGUGCUGGAAAGCGGUGACUCGUACAAUUCAUUCUUGAACGAGAUCUACAGCUGAUGAAGUAGCCUCCGACGGUGAUCUAUGAUCACGUCCUGCAGACCAUUAGCAGGACCUGUACAAUCCUCCAACAGCUCAUAUACACUCCACUGAUUUCUCGUCCGACUUCACAGCAAUUGAGCUAGCCAGGACGCCAUGAUUGAUGCAGCAUCAUGUAAGAUUUUAGAUUCAAUUUACUAACCUCCAUUAGGAAUUGCAGUACAUCUCAUGCAGAUCAGCUAUUAGACCCAGGGCAUGCUGCUUAGGAUUGUGCUGUUCAAUUGCUGUCAGGGGAGCAUUCCUCACUUGGUGGGGCUUAGAAUUAACUGAGAUUUAUUGUACAGCUUUUUAGACCAUUGACUCCACAAUGCUCACUGACGCCAGUUUAAUUUUAUGUGUGGUGUGCUUACCAAUUCAGACGAUUGGAAAUUAGUCGACUUUUGUGCCGAAGGCUUUCAGAGCACACGUACUUGUUGAAACGUAACCUUCUUUAAAUUCAACUCGUCUUCGUUCACAUCGAA